CAUACUUCAAUUAUCAGGUCACUCCUGCCAAGCAAGAUUCUUUUCUGCAUUGGUUUUCUUGAUGGAGACCAGAACACUCCUUUUCUUCACAACAUGGUAAAGUUUCACUGUAUUCAUCCCUCCCUUAUCUUACUCCCUGUUAGGUCUGUAGUCUUACAUGAUCCGGACCAAAUUUAUGAUUUCAUCUGCAUCACUUUAAGUUUGCUUUCACCGAAUGGAUCAAUCCAUUAAUAAAUUCCAAGCUUGGGGACAUAGUCAUCCCCGACCAAGGAAAUGAGGAAGAAAAUUCUUUACUUAACUUUGCCCUCAUCAGUCAUUUGACAACAUUCUAGUUACUGUUCAUGCCAUAGGUAGCUUUAGCGCCCCGGUGUCUAGAUAAUUUCAGUGGUUGAUUUUUCAUCCAUUGUUGGGAGGUUAUAAUAAGUCCUGAGGUUGGUCGGACAGUUCAAAGUUUCUUUACAUUAAUUAGGAUUCCUUGCACUUCAAUUCCAAUAUUUUGGUGUUAAUUCCAAAAAAAACAAGAGACUAAUGGCAUCUCUGGCUACCAACUGAUUACUCUUGCCAGUUCUGUUUUUAAACUGGUUACAAUAGUUCUCACUAUUGUCUUGGUUUGGUGGCCUCCCAGAUUACCUCUCCAAAUCAAACUGUUUUUCGCUCUAUUCAAUUACAUAGGAGUAUCAAUUUGCUUGAUCCAAGUUGAUAAUCCUAAUAUGUAGCAAAUUUCUUUGAAAAUCUUGGAAAGAAAUCAGUGCAAUUCCUAAAAUCCUCCAUUAUACUCAGUAUUGCAUGCUAAUCUAUAAUUAUUUUUCUCUUGAUUUUCAAAGGUUGAAAACCAUAUGAUUUCAAUUUUAGUACUUCCAGAAAGUCCACGAAUGCUGAUUUGUUGCCCAAAAAUGUGUUCAUACCAUUUUUUUAGAAAAUAAUGUCCCAAAAUAUAUUUUAAAUGGAUCGAUCAAUAGUAAGUAUUUAUGUUUUGAAAUCCAUAACGAAUUUUGCCUAAUAUGCAUAUUAAAUCUUCUUUAUUCGAUGUUUGCUCCUCUCUUUCGGUUAUAAUAGCAUGUUCUUGUGCUCCGUUAAUCCUAGCAUCUCUCUCUUUCCCUGUGGCUCUGACUUCGUGUCAUCAAGAAACAUAAUCAAAAUCACAAGCUUGAAUGCUCAGAAUGUUCACCAUAGUAUUACAUUUAGUCUGUGUGAUUUUGUGUCUGCAAUUGCAACAAGGUGUGUCUGGUCAUCAGUGCUUAGAGCAUCCACCCAACCUAAACGCAACCUCAGGAGCUGGAACAGUCAUUGAAGUUGGAGGCUUGAAGGCCUAUGUGACUGGCCCUUCCAAUUCCGAGCUUGCCAUAAUCCUUGCUUCUGACAUCUAUGGAUUUGAAGCACCAAACUUAAGGAAAAUUGCAGACAAAGUUGCUAGCAAUGCUGGAUUCAAUGUUGUGGUUCCAGACUUCUUUUAUGGAGAUCCAUACAAUCCUAACAACACUCAGAGGAAUAUGACAGACUGGCUAAGGGACCAUGGAACAGACAAAGGUUUUGAAGAUGCUAAACGUGUAAUUGCUGCUCUAAAGAAAAAAGGGGUAUCCGGGAUAGGAGCUGCAGGGUUCUGUUGGGGCGGCAAAGUAGUUGCGGAGCUAUCAAAGGGUUAUUACACCGAGGCUGCAGUUUUGUUACACCCUUCCCGUGUCACUCUUGAUGAUAUUAAAGAGAUUAAGACUCCAAUAGCCAUAUUGGCUGCUCAAUUUGACAACGGCACUGCACCUGAACUCAUGAAACAGUUUAAGGAGAUUUUAUCCACUAAUAAGAUUGAUAACUUUGUGAAAAUAUUUCCUGGUGUUUCGCAUGGAUGGACUGUCAGGUAUAAAGAUGACAAUGUGACUGCUGUCAAAAGCGCUAAUGAAGCUCAUCAAGAUAUGUUGGACUGGUUUAUUACUACGUAUGUUCAAAAAACAUGAUUCUGUGGAUUAUGAAAUGUCCUCCAUCAUUUACAUUUACAAAGUAUUGUUGCAUCUUACUGUAGAAUCAGUUCUCAAUAAAGAAUGAUGAGCAGGAAAAGUAACAGUAACUUAAGCUGUUCUAAACUUGCUUCCUUUGGGAUUUCCAGUAUAUAGUUACUAAGAAACACUAUUUGGCAUUUCCAAAGUACUAUGUGUGGAUGUAUGAUAGAAAUGGUAUUGUCAUUUGCACAAGGAUGCACUAUUCAAGUCGCUGAUGCAGCAGACAUAAUCUUGUAAUGCACUAAAGGGAUGCAUCCAUGAGCACCAAGUUUGAUGCCAGUGACCAGUUAUUGAAACCUUAAGAGAGAAUCUUAAGAGACCUUUUGAAGCAGAAGGCUUCCAUGCAACUUUGAU